AGGUACUUCUGGUUCCACUGCCAAGCAUUAUUGUUGAUGCAUCGCAUUGCUUCAAAUGUAAUCGACAAAGUUGCCCCUGGACGCCCUCGUCAUCCUCGAUUCUAUUUCAUUGACCGCAUUUCGAAUUUGAAGCAACUCCAAUACGUACACGUCCACGUUCGAGAACACCGCGCGACAAAGUGUCGAUCACACCGCUAGUGGACUCGUUUUAAUAAUGCAAUCGAUAUUCUCGAGCUCAUCCAUAUAGCCGCGCAUCCGGGGCCGUGACCUUGCCGCGCCCCAGGAUGAAAGGGAGUGGACGUGAUAAUGGAUGAUCCUUGGGGCUCGCCAUGGGCGUCGACCGACAACACUUCCGACAAUGAUCCUCGUUCGUCGUCUCGAGCCGAUAUCUUUUUAAGCCCGCCCCCCAAAGCCUUCUUCGGCAAUGGCAGCGCAAGUCUUUCGCCCCAGUCACCUUGGUCUGGUAAUCACAACGAUGGUGGCCUAAAUAUCUGGACCGCCGGGGGGCCUCGAGCAGAUGAUGCCGACAACCAAAAUGAAUGGAGCACGUGGGUGGAUUCGACUCGUCUGAGCCCGAGACUCAGUGGUUCAGGUAGAGAAAGCCCUUUGGCCUGGCCUGAGAAUGCCGCAGCAUCUCCAGUCUUUAUUGCGAAUUCUCGCUCGCGAACCCCUUCCAUACUGCGACACCAAUCACCGGAUCCAUGGGCAGUCGAGCUACCGUUGUCGAAUAAAUCCGAUGCCGAGCUACCGGAUUCCAUCAAGGGCACAGCCAACGAAGCUUUAGCCACCGAGAGCGGACAAGUUGGAGCAACUUCUCAAGCAUAUCAAAAUAUUGCAGGGAAUCAUAGGGCACAAAUCACGAAUAGCGAAAACGCCCUAGUUGAUGAUGAAUUUACUGUCAGACGAAACGACAGUCCACGGACCAGUCACGAGUUGGCUACUGAACAUGCGAAUACGGGUUCACAAUUAGACUCGGUAGCCUGCGAACUUCCAUCUAGACCGUCGUCUACCUGUACCACCAAUAGCCACGAUGGGCCCGACCGCGAGCGUCAAGAUUCUCCAAUCACCUCCAUAGAUGAGGAUCGAGGAGGUCGGAUACGGAAUAACUCAAGAAAGGUUUCGGGAAAGGUACAAGAGUUGGUAGGUAUCUACGAUGGUUUAGCUAGAGCCGUUUCGGAAGAACCGCCGGCUCUAAGCCGACGUAGAAUGUCGCAAGCCAUCGAUCGUGAGGACUCGGCGAUGCGAGGCAAAAGUGAAGAUGGAAACGAUGAUGAUGGAGCUGGGUUCGGAGAUUUCGAAGAUCCGCUCUCUGAUGAGAGUAUUAUUGCGCCGUCCCCUAGCCGAUCAUUCUCAUCGGGGCUAUCAUCAACACCUAAGGCAGAGAUCAACAAUUCCUUCACCCAGAAGCUUGAAGGUGAAGCGGAGAAUGAUGCGGUGGUUGUCGCUGAAACAGGACCUGCUCAAAUCACAAGACCCCUUAACCAGUUUAAAGGAAUGAAAUUUGAUGCAAAUUUAUCUGCAUUAGAUAAAUUGUUUCCUAACGCUUCUGAUCAACUUACGAGCUGCUCUACAGAGGGGCGGGAAGUUCCAGGACAUGUUAUUAAUGAUAGUUUCGAGACAGUCUCGGAACGGAAAGCCUGGUAUCGCAUCUCCCGCUUUGGGUCCAUGCGCAAACAUAAUUCCGGGGAUGAUGAAAAUUAUCAUAGGGUAGCCUGGCCGGCAUCGCAAUUGCAUACAGACACGAUUAAGAUCGUUCGAAAGUGGAUGGAGCAAGAUACAUAUGCCGGAAAAGCUAUUUUAGGAGGUCCGAAGCGAACCGGUUUCUUCGAUUGGGACUCUGAUAUCGCUCCUGUGGAGUUAGAUCAAGUCUUCCAACGCAAGAAGUCAGCGACACAACAUACGCGAACAACGUCUAUUCCGGCUCCUAAUGCCAUUACGCCCACUAGACCGGUGGAUGAACGUCCAUAUAGAAACUCGACUGGUAUUUCACUCCCUAUAGUUGUACAACCGGCCAGUCACCCGACAACAGUUGUUCCCAGUUUCGAUUGGAAUUCUGGAACUCAGCAAGCCUCUUUUACAACUCAAUCUUCUCCUACAAGCAGCCAAAAGCUAGGUGCUGAGGCUGUACCUGUGUCCGUACCUGCCCCUGUUCAAACAGUAGUCGUCGACGAAAAUGACGAUGAUUGGGGCGAAAUGAUUUCCUCUCCACGUGCCACCCAAGAUUAUAUAGAGCAGAAUGUCACCACCUUCCCGCUUCCCGAGGUAGCCAGUACGAACCACGAGCUAGAACGCCCCUCCUCACUAACGUCAUCUGGUAACCAUCAAACUACUGCGCGUAAUGUCCCGGUUCCUCAGGGUACACCAGUAGUACCAGACCCAUGGUCACUCUUGGACAUUUCGGUACUCGACACCAAUGCUCCUAAGUUACCAAGAGAAACAUCUUUGGUUCCUGGAGCAAACACGCUACCGCCCAACAAAGACCUUUUUAAGUUAGAAGAUUCUACAUUUAAACAGGAAAUGCUCGAUCAGGGUAUGAUAACAGACCAAACGGCACUUAAGCAAUCAUUAAAGAAAGAAACAUCCCCGAUUUCAAUCCCGGGAGGCGGGAAUCACGAUGAUAUUGUUGUACAAACGAUCCUAAAACAUCUACCAGACUUGUCGUACAUGUUUCGAUAAGCAGUUUGCAAAUAUCCACUCAAUGCAUAUAUACAAUUGGUCGCUGAGCUACAUUGAUUAUUGGAGAUCAAAGCUGGCGUAUAUGGGUAUGGUCUUGGAUUAUUCAUUGGAUAAGAACGGCAAGCAGGCGCUGGCGUUGGUGGUUUGGACCCCUACUUUGCUCUCGAGAUUUGCUGUGCUACCUUAUACAAGUAGAAAGAUGAAUAUAUUAUACAAUACAAACGAGACAAGACUUAUUGCUUUAG